AUGUUUACACUUGUCGAUCUACACAGAAAAGUGGCGCGCUGUGCAAGAAAAGUCACAAAAGAACAACGAGGAACACGGUUCCUCGUUGAUCCUCGAGCGAAUGACGUUGGAUUCUCCAACUUUUUCGAAGGCUUUGGCCUUGGAGGAGGUAGUGGUAAUGCUGCUGGUAUUGGUAACAGUCACACAGAAUGGCUUGGAAAUCCAACAACUUCAUUUCCCUUUACCCCGACACGGAACCAGAAUACAAAAGCUAUUGUACCAAAUAAAAAAUACUCACCGACUAAAGCCUCAAAUAAUUCUCAAACUAGUACUUUGAAAUCGCCUUUACAGUUAUCUCGGAAAAUUUCUUCCUCUUCUUCCUUUAACUAUGUAAAAAAUGGAAUAAAUAAUGAACACGACGAAGAUGCAGAAGAUCAAGCAAAUUGUAGUGCGAAAGAAGAUGAAGGUGUUGAUGAUAAAAAUAAUAGUAAUAAAAAUAAUAGUAAUAAUCAUAACAGUAAAAAAAAAUCAAAACGGAAAAGGCUUUUUGAGGAUACACCAGAUCCAACUGGGAUAUUGUCAGAUAAAGACAACAAUACUCUACGUGAUCUUGUAUCAAUGAAAGACAUGUUGAAAAAAUAUGAGGAGGAAUUCAGUCAAAUUAAAGAAGCAAUCAUUCAAAUUAAAGUUGAUCAAGAAAAUCAAUCUCGAAAUAAUAUUAUAAGCGGAAAUGACAUGGAAAAUUCGGUUGAAGAAUAUUCAGAUACAUGGCGACGAGAAACUAAUCACCAAGAGAAUGGCGGAUCCAGCACGACAAAUUAUAACACUACAAAUACUAUAACAACAAGAAAUGGUACGGAUCACAACAGUAACCAACACCAACAACGUCUAACUAUACGUAAUAAUCGGUACCAUCCAUUUAAUGUGGCAAAAAGAGUUCACAUGAUUGAACAAACUCUUCAAAGAGCCUCGUUAAAAGUCACAAUGACUGAAACGCGGGUAAGUCGUUUAGAAGUAAAAUACGCGAACAUCUCAAGAAAAUAUCAUGCCUGGAAUAAAUUAUUGAAAGAAGGAUCUAAUACGCGAGAUACGACAAAAAAAGCAUUCUUUGCUAAUGCUGCACAAAAUGUAAAGGAAAACAUUACAAGUAUGUGUGUUGGAUUCUGGUUGGGUACUGCAAGCAUAUAUGUGGCGAGACAAGUGUGGCUUUAUCUCCUCUAG